CUCGUUAGGCCGUUACUUAUUACCGUUGCCUUUAGAUGUGUUUUCAUUUGCUAGAUUAUUCGAGGGACAAAUACAAUUAUCACUGACUUUUAGUACAUAAAACACUGGAAGUAAACACAAUUAUUAUUUAACUUUGUUUUUCUCUAAUGAAAUAAAUAGACCAGAUGCUUCUUUAUUGAAGACAGAUACACAAUUUCAAUAUGAAUUGUCCAUUUCUUGCAUAAAGACAUAUGUAAAGUUUAUUCCUUCGGAAGUUCAAACCUUAAAAUCACGAAGGUGUACAUUAUUCUUGAUAAAUGUGACCAACAAAUUUUAAGAGUUCGAGUUAUCGGUAAUAAUGAAAGUAACUGUGUGCUUUGAUGAUGUUAAAGUUGUUGUCCCAUGUGGAAACGGAAGCAUUCUGAUUCGAGAGCUAGCUGAAAUGGCUCUUUUAAGGUUCCAGAAAUCCACUUCCUCUUUGCUUCAUACAAAAUGUUGCAUAGAUCAAAAUGUCACAUUGUGUACAGGGAGUCAAACAAAGUCACCAGAAAAACGAAAGCAAGAAAACUACCAUCUAGAUCAACAACAACAACACAGUCAAAUAAUGCCGAAAGAAUUAGAUCAGUCAGACAAUGAUUCUCAUCUAAAAACAGAUAAUCAAAAAAAUGUAUCAUGGAAACUGAAUAUUGAUAGUGAUUAUGAAGUAGAUUCGUUGGCGUUGGCUCGUGAUGGUGGUAUACUGGAUUGGGAUGAUCGUGUUGUUGAUGUGUUAGAUGAUCGAGAACUGACAAGAUUCAAUUCCAUCUAUCGGUAAUUUUUUUCCCUCCCCACCCCUUUGGAAAAAGAAAGAUUGUAGAUUUUUUCAUAGAAAACUCAAAGAAAUACAUUGAAAAUUGUGUUAGUAUUUCUGUAGAUAUGUGUAUGUAUGCGUUUGUGUGUUUGCAGCUAUACUUAUCUAUAUCCAUAUAAUUGUAGUUUGAUUUUGUUUCAUAAAGUUUCCGUUUCAUGUUUUAAACUUGUGUUAUAUCUCUAUUUAUGAUUUAAUAUUUGUG